AAAUAUUAGAUUUUUUCAGGAAUGAGCUUUCACCUACACGCGACGCAAGGAUAGAGCUUUUGAAGCUGUCCCCACGGCCAACUAAUUUUCUUGAUAUUCGGUCUCGUUCGGUUUCCUGCGAACACAUCUUUCUUCUGGAGCAUUGUGACUUGUGAGACUCCGCACUCUCCUCUCCCGGGAGGUCCCAGCCUGUUGGUCCGUCGUUCCGCUGUGUUUUCCGCACUCCGGUGGCCUGAAAAUGGAGCGUCUGCGAACGGUUUUGAUGCUCAGUGUAUUACUCCUCAGUUCGGCCGGAGAAUCCGCCAGAGUUUCAAAUAUUCGCCUUCCCAACUCUCCGGCGGAUGGUCUCUGUGCUCACCUCAUCCAACCUUAUGGCUAUCCUUGCUCCGAGCACAUCGCACAAACAAAGGAUGGUUACUUGCUUGGACUUCAGCGGGUGGCAUCUAACUCCAGAUAUCUCAGACGGCAAUAUGGUCCUCCAGUUCUUCUCCUUCACGGGCUAAUGAUGGCAGGUGAUGCCUGGUUCUUGAACUCUCCAAAUCAAUCAUUGGGGUUUAUCCUGGCUGAUCAUGGCUUUGAUGUUUGGGCUGGAAAUGUGCGUGGGACACGUUGGAGUCGUGGACAUGUCUCUCUGACUGAAAAAGACAAGGAUUUUUGGGAUUGGAGUUGGCAGGAAUUGGCUCUGUAUGAUCUGGAAGGAAUGGCUCGUUAUAUUUAUAACAUCACCAAUUCAAAAAUAUUUAUUGUUGGUCAUUCACAGGGAACAAUAAUGUCUCUGGCUGCUUUUACUCAACCACAUAUAGUAUCAAUGGUUGAAGCUGCUGCGCUUCUUUCUCCUAUCUCAUUUUUGGAUCAUAUAAGUGCUUCUUUUGUCUUAAGAUUAGUGAAAAUGCAUAUUGAUGAGGUGUUACUUGUGAUGGGCAUUCAUGAACUUAAUUUCAAAAGUGACUGGGGCACCCAUAUGCUGGAUAUGGUAUGCGAUGAAUAUGCGAAUUGCAGUGACUUGCUUACUCCGAUUACAGGAAAGAACUGUUGCUUCAACAUCUCCCGGAUUGAUUUCUAUCUCAAAUACGAACCUGAACCUACAUCCUCAAAGAAUCUGAAUCAUCUUUUUCAAAUGAUCCGUGAAGGUACUUUCAGAAUGUAUGAUUAUGGAAUCUUGAAGAACCUGAUACGCUAUGGACGGUUGCAGCCUCCAGCAUUUGAUGUUAGCAGCAUUCCGAAUUCUUUACCAUUGUGGAUGGCUUAUGGGGGUAACGAUGCAUUAGCUGACGUUACUGAUGUGCAGCACACACUGAAGGAACUAAAAAGCCAGCCAGAGGUGCUUUUUCUUGAGGAAUACGGUCACAUAGACUUCCUCCUGAGUGUAAGAUCAAAGGAAGACUUGUAUGAUGACAUGAUUAGGUUCUUGAAGUCAUUCAGAAAAUUUGGUAGUUACUAAGGCCCUGUUUGGGUUCCGGUGCUUUUGAUAAGAAAAAAGCACUUUUAGGUGUUAAAAAGUACUUUUAAAAUGUUUGGUGAAUAUCAUCCCAUAAAAUUAGGAGUAGAAUUUUUGGUGUUAAAAGCACUUUAA